GCCCACCGCCUCAACACCAUCAUGGACAGUGACAAGGUGCUGGUACUGGACCAAGGAACAGUGCUUGAAUUCGAUUCCCCGAGCAAUCUCUUGGCCCAGGCUGACAGCUCGUUUAGACACCUGUACGAUGAGAUGGAACGAGCUCACGCGCACGAUGCUGAGUGA